AUAAAUUAAGAUUUAAUGAACAAUCCUCGUCCAUCAUAACUUCCAGCUUAGAAGGCAACACCAUCACAAUUACCAGCAACUACAUAAUAAUAAGUACCAGAAACAUAUGGAGCUUAAUAAAAUUGGGUUCCAGCCAGCUCAUAAAUUCAGCCAGGUGUUUUGGGUUAACCCUUAUCACUUUAACAGACAGGAUUAAUUUAAAAUCCUCAAUAUUUGUAGCAACCAGCAUAUGUUUAAUAAUAAGGGUUGAUACAAUCAAGUGGGCCAGUUGUUACAUAAGGGAAUGUAAGAAUAAAUAUAAUUAUUGUAUAGGCAAUCAAGGGGGAAUCUCGAAUUGAAUAUAUUCCAUACACAAAAGAAGUUACCGAGUAUGUGACUUAAGAAGUGGUUGAAUAUGUGCCAAGAGAGAGAAAGAUUACUGACUAUUAUGCAGUUGAAUAUGUUACUGAGCAUAUUCCUUAAGUAAUAUAGGAGAAAUACAUUGGUAUUGAUAUUGUAUUAAUUAAACGCAGAAUACGUACCAGUUGAAACAAUAAAAGAGAGAACAGAGUAUCAAGCAGUGACAAAAUAGAGUGUCAUCUAAACACCAGUCGAUUAUUAAUAAAUCUAAACAACACAAUAAUAUUAAGGUAAAUAAAUUUUAUUUAUAUUUAAUUUUAGUAGCAGCCCCAGUUCAAUAUACAUAAACUGUCUAAUAACCAAUUUAAUAUACAUAAACUGUAUAAUAACCUAUUCAAUAUACAUAAACUGUCUAAUAACCAAUUCAAUAUACAUAAACUGUCUAAUAACCAAUUCAAUAUACAUAAACCAUCUAAUAACCAAUUCAAUAUGCAUAAACAACUUCAUCCCCAAUUUAAUAUGCUUAAUCAACAACCCAAUAUGUACCAACCACUUAGAGUCAAUAUGUAGCAGGUCCAGUUACAACUUCUUAAUUUGUGAAUUAAGCUUAUACAACUCCAAUUACAACAUAUGGUUAGGUGACAUAGAAUUCAGCUUAUUUACCAGCUACAACAUAUGCUUAACCUGGUUAUGGAUAAGUUACAACAACAACUUAAUAAUAUUCAACUGGAUGGUAAUAAGUAUAUCCAGGAGCAACAGGAAAUGUUUAACCUUAAUUACAAUAAUAAGCUGUUGGUUAAUUACAAAAGCCAGGAUAAAGUCCUAAGUAUGCAUGAUGAUAUUAUAAAUAAGCAAUUAUUAU